GCGCGGCGCGAGGCAACGUAGCGGAAGUGAAGGUUGUCCCGCGCAGGUAAACUGUUUUUGAAAUCCUUGGCGCGGAACGUCUAUACGGUAACAGCGGCGGCUUGCUUUUAAACCGGUUUUAAACGUUCGUGGCGUUGUCUGAAUCAUCACUAACGUUACGAGGAAAACGUUGCUGUACGUUUCACGGGGACUGGGUUUAAAAACGGUCAACGGUUAAUGUUUGUUGUCGCAUAGCCAGCUACGAGCGCCCGCCGUCUGAUAAGGCUUACUGGUGGCGGUAAGAUUCUCCUUAGCAGUAGUCACCAUGGAAACCGACGGGCGCCUUCAAGGAUGUUGGGAGCGAACGGCGGAGCUCGAAGCAUCCAGUGACGUAAUGUUACGGAUGUGAGAGAGAGCGAGUGGGACCCUGAUGCUGCCUUCAGGCACUCCUCGUAAGUUAGACCACCCACUCCGACUAGCAUAUGAACACAGCAGUUGGCUGCUCCGCUCGCAGCCAGAGGAACGGACAGAGCGACGCACGAGGCAUGGAUCAUCUCCACCGGGAAGGAAAGAAACAGAGAAGUGCAGGGUUAUCACACUUGACCUUGGAGCUGUGAGUGACACCAGCUUCUACCACAUCUGUUUUUGCUGGGCAUUUUUUGCUUUUGAUUUUUUUUAUACUGGGGGAUUCUCCCUGGAAAACCGAAGUCUACUUAUUUUGCUGCAUUGAAACGGAGAACGUGCCCACGUUUUCUUUCCAGUGGCAGACAGAUCUUGGGCAGUGGAGAGGAUUGUGAUGAUCACAUCCUCCGUUUGAGAAUUGAUGAUGCUUUUGGGAGAGAGAGCCAGCCUGAUUUUCUUUGGUUCCUGUUCUCUGCCCUGAUGCUCACUUCAGGCCAGCCGCUUGUGACCAGGAACUGCAUAGAAAAACCAUCAAGAAAUGAUAUGACUGAGACACAGCAUGAGGCUGGAUCCCCCCAGAGAUUGGGUGCCAUCUUUUUCAUGGGGCAAAGUUGAUGGACAGACAGUUUUUCCUUUUUUUGGAUAGACAUUCAUGCACCACAACUGGGAACCAAGUGGGAAGGGGACUGAAAUACUCUGAGCAGGUAUUUCCCUUCAUUACCUUAAAGGAUAUUUAGCUGCAGAAGAGCCAGAGGACUCACUCACUUAUGGGAAGAUGGAGGCAGGAGCAGAGGCUAGUCCACAACAGCACCCGAGGAGGAAACCUGUGCUGCACGGCUUGGAGGACCAGAAAAGGAUCUACACGGACUGGGCCAACCAUUACCUUGCCAAGUCAGGACACAAGCGUCUGAUCAAGGACCUGCAAACAGACGUCACAGACGGAGUGCUGCUGGCUGAGAUCAUACAGGUCGUAGCCAAUGAGAAGAUUGGUGAUAUCAAUGGCUGUCCCAAGAGCCGUUCUCAGAUGAUUGAGAACAUUGAUGCCUGCCUCAGUUUCCUGGCAGCCAAGGGAGUCAACAUCCAGGGCCUGUCUGCAGAGGAGAUUCGGAAUGGUAAUCUGAAAGCCAUCCUCGGCCUCUUCUUCAGCUUGUCCCGCUACAAACAGCAGCAGCAGCAGGCUCAGCGGCAGAACUCCCAGCCCUCUCUUCCACCCACUGCCCAGUCCCAGAGCACACACCCUCCCCUGAGCCAGCAGAGCAGUGCCCCAGCCCAGCUCAGCCACUCUCCGCAUGGGACUCCUGCCCUUGCAGCCCAGAAAGCAGCGCAGGCCGAGAUGCAGUCCAGGGAUGGGUCUCAGAGUAAACUACUCAAGUUUUCCCUUGGUCAGAAAAAGACCUCUAGACUUCCUGGCCCCACAGCAAGGGUGUCCACCGCUGGCGGUGACAUCCCUCCGAGAGGCUCGGUCAGUGCUGCUGGGAACAGACGUAGCCAGGGCUUCAGUGACAAGACCAAAGCCAACUUGCACCUGAACAAAGAUUCCUCAGAGGGCAUGACCUCACAGCCUUCGGUGAUGACUGAGCAUGUUCCGUCAUCUGCGGUGACCGUCAGUUCCUCCACCAGCAUCCCCGCUGCUACCUCCGCCCUGAUUCCUCCCUCAUCUUCUUCAUCGUCCUCACCCUCCUCUUCCACAGCCAUUCCCCAGCCAAACAGCAACAGCAAGCCCUGGAGGAGCAAGUCUAUGAGCUCCAAGCACACCUCCUCUCCCUCUCCCUCUCCCUCCUCCACCAGCACCCACUCAUCUGCCAUGCAGUCUGUCAAACAGGAUAAAGACACCCCCUGUAAAGCUGCUCCAGCAACUGAAGCUCCUCCUAAGGUUGCCACUCAGAAGUCGAUGCUGGAAAAACUAAAGCUCUUCAACAGUAAGGGAGGUUCCAAAUCAUCCACCUCCUCCUCCUCUUCCAAUGGAGUAGGGUCCCAGACUGAAAAUGCUCCCCCAGCCAGGCAGCUUGGGGCGGGGCAGGUGGAGAGGACUGACACUGGCUCCAACACCGACAUCCUAGAGGAAGAUGAUGGUAACGCCAGGCCAGGAAUGAAUGGGACAAGCAAUGGCACAGCCUCUGGAGCAGCUCCCUCAGCAGUAACUACUGUCUCCACAACUGCCAGCAGCCCCAAAAUCGCCCUCAGGGGCAUUGCCCAGCGCACUUUCAGCAGAGCUUUGACUGCCAAGAAGGGCUCUGUCAAAGGCCCCGAGAAAGACAAGGACAAGGAGAGGGGGAAGGAAAAGGAGAAGGAGAAAGGGAAGGAGGUGGGAAAACGCAUCUCGGCCCCCGAGAGGACAGAACUCAGGGGGGAGGAGCUUAAGGAGGAAGUAUCACCCAUUGCUGUAGAUACAGACAGCUCUAACAAAAGGACCUCUAAAAUUGCCAGCUUCAUUCCCAAGGGGGGUAAAGUGGCCAAAAAAGACAGUUCCACCCCUGCACACAGCGGAAUACCAAAGCCAGGAGGCAAAGGCCCAGGAGUCGGGGGGAAGGCCUCCUCAGUGAAGGAGGCGGGGGAGAGGCCUCGGAGCAUGCGGUUAGGAGGGGGUCUUGCCAUGCACCGCGGCCCUCUGGACAGAGACAGGGACAGCAGACACUCCAGCUCUACCUCCAGCCUGGCCUCCACGGAGGGCAAGACCAGCACCGCCCCUGUGGCAGGAGGAGGCACUACACAGAGCACAGCCAGCAACACGGUCAGUGUGCAGCUACCUCAGACUCAACAGCACCACAGCCACCCCAACAUGGCCACCGUUGCACCUUUCAUGUACAGAUCCCAAACAGACGGCGAGGGAACAGCUGAGACCGGCUCAGGAGGAAGAGGUGGAGACGUUUCUUUCACCAAGACUAGCCAGACCUCCAUCGAGGACCUUUCAGGUGAAGACCCAGAGACAAGGCGGUUGCGAACUGUCAAAAACAUAGCAGACCUGCGGCAAAACCUGGAGGAGACCAUGUCCAGUCUGCGAGGAACUCAGGUCACACACAGCACCUUGGAAACCACCUUUGAUGGCAGCGUCACCACAGACAUCAGCAGCAGUAGUAGUGGAGGCGGCAGCAACAACAGCGGCGGGGGUCGGAGCAUCCUCAGCAUCACCUCUACCCGCCCCUCCCUGGCAUCAUGGCGUCUGGGCCAGUCCAGCCCUCGUCUGCAGGCAGGCGAUGCCCCCUCUGUGGGGAACGGCUACGGUGGCCGGGUGGUGGGUGGCCAGGGUGGACGCUACCUAUACCCUGGGCACCUGCGACGGCAGCUGGCCGGCAGGGGAGGAGCCCUCUGUAGCGUGGAACUCGGAGACAGAUCCGGGGAGGACAUCGACCUGGACGGCAUUGCCAUGGAGGUCACUGGAUACAUGAGCGAUGGAGACGUGCUGAGCAAGAAUGCUGCACGCACCGAUGAUGUCACUAGCGGCUAUAUGACUGACGGAGGUUUGGGCCUGUACACCCGACGCCUGAACCGCCUGCCUGACAGCAUGGCCGCCGUCCGAGAGACACUUCAUCGAAACACAUCGUCGGGACAGGGAGAUGCUGACAGCUGGGAUGACAGCAGCUCUGUGAGCAGCGGCAUCAGCGACAACAUCGACACUGAUGACAUCAACACAAGCUCCUCCAUUUCCUCCUACGCCAAUACACCCGCGGCCCAGCGCAAGGGCCUCAGCACACAGCCUGUGACGGAUGCAGAGAAGCACUCGGCCUCCACGGCGUUGCACCAGGCCUGGUCAGGAGACGAGGUGAAGAGGCCAGACGGGGGGUCAGACAGCGGGGUCAGGAUGGAGCCAGGCUCCAAGUGGAGCCGCCGGAACCCCUCCGACAUCUCUGAUGAGUCCGACAAGGGUGGCUCAGGGAGGAAGACCCCUUCUGUGUCCCACACGGGCUCCUGGAGGAGAGGCAUGAGCACUCAGGUGGGGGUGACGUCCCCCCGGACUAAAAGCACCAGUAGCACGGGCUCCACAGGCUCCAUCAGCCUCAAGACCCACAGUUCAGGUAAGACAGAUGAUAUCAAGGUGUCAGAGAAAGGACGCGUCUCUCCUCGUCCUAACGGCCUUCACCGCUCGCCUUCGGACGCAGGACGCAGCAGUGGAGAUGAGGCGAAGAAACAUUCGAUCUCCUCCAGCCGCACGCCUACAACGAAUGCCCUUACACACACUGUCUCAGAUCCCCACUCCCAGACACACACACUCGCCUCGCGCACCCCAACCAGCACCUUCGGCUUCAAGAAGCAGGGGAUGGUAACCAUAGUUACAGCCAGCGGUGCCACCAUCACCAGCGGUUCAGCAACUCUGGGGAAGAUGCCCAAAUCUGGGGCACGCUCGCUAGCAGGAGGCCUUAAAGCUGGUGGACAGGAUGGAGGGUCAGCACUGGGUCACCACGACGACGGCUUCCUCCCCAUGAGUGCUCGCUCCACACUGCAGUACCGCAGCCUGCCGAGACCAAGCCGCUCAGGGGCUGCCGCACGCAAUGGAAACCGCUCCUCUACCAGCAGCAUCGAAGCCGCCGUGCUCUCUGUCACAUCUCAUGGCAAAAACUCAAUCAGCAUCGCCAAGGCCAACGGCUCAGGAGCUCUGCUGGCCAAUCAGACGGAUCGGGAGAAGGGCGUCUCUGAGAUUGACAACUUGAGGAGUGGAGUUGUGAUGCAGAGUGGAGGAGCAGCGACUGUUCCUCUUACAGGAAGACAGCAGGUUUCCUCACCUACACUACGCAGGUUGUUUGGUGGGAAGCCCAGCAAACAGGCUCCGGUCACCACAGCUGAAAACAUGAAGAACUCCACUGUUAUCUCCAAUCCCCACGCUACCAUGAACCAUGUCGCCACAGUGCUGGAGUCCCCCGACGGAGGGCUGGGAGGCGGAGACAGCGAGACCAGCAGCCCCCUCUUUGGAGGCAGAGCGCUGGGAUCUGGGACAGGGACGCUGGGCAGCGAGCAGGCUUCAAGUCCUGGUUCAGUCUAUUCCUCCACCGGCCCUUCCAACAGCCUGACGUGGGGCACCACCUUCAGCAGCUCCUCCGCCCAGAGCAGGGAGGGCACGCUGGGCGGGCACGGCGGGACGGGCAGCGUAGGAUACCCCUCUGUCAGCAGCAUGCACACCAGCAGCGAGUCCAUCGACAUGAGCCUGGGCAGCGCCGGAGGCGGCCAUGGGACCCACAGGGAGGACACCUUGUCCGCACUGGGCCGCACCGGCAGCGUCAAGACUGGCAUGUCUGAGAGUCCCCUCUCCUCCCCUUCCGCUAGCCCUAUAUUCAGCCGAAACACGCUACCUCGGAAGCAGGACAGCGGGCCACAUUGUGGUAGAAACACUCUGCCUAAGAAGGGACUCAGGUAUGGCCCGUCUCCACAGCUGCGAGGCCAUGAGGAGGCCCGUGAUUGGCUGCGCUCCCACUCCACCAGCGGGCUGCAGGACUCAGCCAGUAACUCCCCGUUCUCCCCCAGCUCUAGCCUCACCUCCCCUUCCGGCACUCGCUUCAAUUUUGGACAGCUCGCAUCCAGCCCAACCUCAGCGGCUCAGAUCAACCUCGCUGGUCUGCGCAACAACAGCCUGACCAAUCAGGAUGUCUCCUUUGACCCCUGCAGUGACAAUCGACUGAGAAACUCCUGCAUGUCGCUUGAUGAGAAGACUCGCACCAUGAGUCGAUCGGGCUCCUUCAGGGACGGCUUCGAGGAAGUUCAUGGAUCAUCUCUGUCUCUGGUCUCCAGCACAUCCUCCAUUUACUCCACGAAUGAGGAGAAGUCUCAGUCGGAGAUCCGCAAGCUGCGCCGGGAGCUGGAUGCCUCCCAGGAAAAGGUUUCCGCCCUGACGACACAGCUGAGUGCAAACGCUCACCUGGUGGCAGCGUUUGAGCAGAGUCUAGGCAACAUGACCAUUAGACUGAAAAGUCUCACCUUGACAGCAGAGCAGAAGGAUUCUGAGCUGAAUGAGCUGAGGAAAACCAUCGAGCUGCUGAAGAAGCAGAAUGCUGUUGCUCAGGCCGCCAUCAAUGGAGUCAUCAACACACCUGAGCUCACGCCCAAAGGGGACAGGACAGCUGGCAGUAACGGCAGUCCACAACAACAACAGCAGCAGCAGCAGAACCAGCAGCCGGACUUGCGCAUCAGGAGGCAACACUCCUCUGACAGUGUCAGCAGCGUCGCCAGCGCAACCAGUCAUUCGAGUGUGGGCUCCAACAUGGACGCUGACUCAAAGAACAAGAAGAAGAACAAGAAGAACUGGCUGCGAAGCUCCUUCAAACAAGCGUUCAGCAAGAAGAAAUCUCCCAAGUCGGCCUCUUCUCACUCCGACAUCGAGGAGAUGACAGACUCGUCCCUGCCGUCCUCCCCCAAACUGCCCCACAAUGGCACCACAGCCGCCAGCCACAUGCUCAGGAACACACACUCCAACACGCUAUUAUCAGAAUGUCUGGACAGUGAGGCGGAGACAGUGAUGCAGCUGCGGAGUGAGCUCAGGGAGAAGGAGAUGAAGCUGACUGAUAUCCGCCUGGAGGCUCUCAGCUCUGCCCAUCAGCUGGACCAGCUCAGGGAGGCCAUGAACCGCAUGCAGCUGGAGAUCGAGAAACUGAAGGCAGAGAAUGACCGUCUGAAGUUGGAGAAUCAGGGCAGCAGGACAGGCUCCCAGGCCUCCAUCUCAUCUUCUCCUCCUCCUCACCCAAACAGCCAGGCCCCAGGGCCCGGGCUCUCCCAGCACAGCCUCAACCUCACCACCAGUGAGUCCACCAGCCUGGACAUGCUGCUGGACGACACCGGUGGAGAGGGAGGGAUGAGGAAGGAGGGGAGACACGUCAAGAUCGUCGUCAGCCUGGACGAGGACGGGAAGUGGGGAGAGGAGGGCCGGCCUCGCCAUUUCCUGAUUGGUUGCAUUGGUGUGAGCGGUAAAACCAAGUGGGACGUUCUGGAUGGAGUGGUGCGACGCCUUUUCAAGGAGUACAUUACCCACGUGGAUCCAAUGAGCCAGCUGGGCCUGAGCUCAGACAGUGUGGAGGGAUACAACAUCGGAGAAAUCCACCGUCCCAGCAGCCUCAGCGCCGCCCAGACCCCCGAGCUGCUGCCCUGUGGCUACCUGGUGGGAGACAGCAACACCAUCAGCAUCCAGCUCAAAGGUGUGACCAGUGAGAACGUGGACUCGCUGGUGUUCGACACUCUGAUCCCGAAGCCGAUGCUGCAGCGCUAUGUCUCCUUGCUGAAGGAGCACAGACGAGUCAUCCUGUCAGGCCCCAGUGGCACAGGAAAGACCUACCUGGCCAAUCAGCUGUCUCGACACCUGCUGCUGCUGGAGGGCCGACCUCUGACCCCACAUGCUGUUGUCACAUUUAACGUGGACCACAAGUCUAGCAAGGAAUUGCGUCAGUACCUGUCAGGUUUGGCUGAGCAGUGCAGUGGUGUCCCGGGGGUGGAGAGCCCUCUGGUGGUCAUUCUGGACAACCUGCACCACGUCAGCUCCCUGGGAGAGAUCUUCAACGGUCUCUUCAACUGUAACUACCAGCACAGCCCCUACAUUAUUGGCACCAUGAGCCAAGCCACAUCAUCUGCCCCCAACCUGCAGCUUCACCACAACUUCAGGUGGGUGCUGUGUGCCAACCACAUGGAGCCAGUUAAAGGCUUCCUUGGUCGCUAUCUGAGGAGGAAGCUGAUCGAGACAGAGAUCGGCAGUCGAACACGCAAUGUGGAGCUGGUGAAGAUCAUCGACUGGAUCCCGCGGGUUUGGCACCACCUCAACCGCUUCCUGGAGACUCACAGUUCCUCUGAUGUCACCAUUGGACCCCGCCUCUUCUUGUCAUGUCCCAUGGACGUUGAGGGAUCCAGGGUUUGGUUCACUGACCUCUGGAACUACUCCAUCAUUCCCUACAUGCUGGAGGCUGUGCGGGAGGGACUGCAGCUGUAUGGCCGCCGGGCUGCAUGGGAGGACCCGGCUGCCUGGGUGAUUGACACUUACCCGUGGUCAGCCACACCGACUCCAGCUGAUUGGCCCCCGUUGCUGCAGCUCCGCCCAGAAGAUGUGGGGUUCGAUGGCUACUCUGCCCCGAGGGAAGGAGUCAGGAAAGAGCCCCCACAGAGUGACAGCGAUGCAGACCCACUGAUGAACAUGCUGAUGCGUCUGAAGGAGGCAGCGACAUCGUCGAGCCCGCAGAGCUACGACAGCGACUCCAACAGCAACAGCCACCAGGAUGACAUCCUGGACUCGUCACUGGAGUCGACCUUGUGAUGUCUAUGAAACGCAACACUGGGAUCAGUUUUCAAGAGAGACUUUUUAUGCGAAAUGUUCUCACUGUGAGAACGUCUUGUUGAGAGCAUAAUUUCAUGCCACAAAAUCCAGCCACCUUAAUUUGGGUGCAGGUAACCCAAAUAUUUAAAAGAGAAAAUAAAGUUAAGAUUGCAUUUCAAAAAAACGGGCAACAAGAGUUUCUACUGCACUGCGCUGUUUUGUCUUUUUUUUUUUUUUUUUUUUUUUUCACCGCUGUGGCCCGUGGCUCCUGUCAGGAGCCUGACAUCUACUUCAGAGAGACAGAAUAAAAGCACACAGCCUGUCACUGUUGGUGAGGCAUCAUCAUUACCAUCAUCAUCCAGCCAUCAGCAUACCUAAACACCAGCCAGGAGUCCUCCAUCCUCAACCGAGUGGCAGCAGCAGCUCCAGCUCAUCAUCAGUCGGAGAUACUCCUGGUCCUUCCUGGGCCGCAGUGCACCUAAGCUGCCAGCAGAUGGUAAUACAGGCCCUCGUCUCUUGAGCAUCAGUGAGCCUGAGCCACUGAGCUGCUGAGAGCACAGAUGAGGCUGCUACUGGUUGGAUGGAUGGAUGGAUAAACAGCCAGCUACUUUCUGCUUCUCCUCCUCCUCUGCAGCUGAAGUUGCAUGUGUGAUUGCUGGGGAACAAACUGAGCCAAAGUGAAUGUUAAGUCCCACAGAAUGCCCACUCUCACCUCCAAAAACUCCUGAGAGAGAUCAUUUAUGUAAAAGUAUUGUGUGUCCACAAACAAAUAAUUAAAGAGAGCACUAAUAAUAGCUCUUACAGAUACAUGUAAAUCUGAGUGUUUUUUUUAAUUAAAUGUCUGCAUUCCAAGCCCUUAAUGGACAAAAAGAAUGAGAACUGGUGUGUUUAUAUAUGAAAAUCAAUUAUAUAAACUUGGGAAACACAGCAAAAACACUGUUUCACCAGAACAAUGUCAACAUCUGCCAUCCCCCCGGUCUUGAUUUAACCAAAAAUUCUCACCACAGUCCUGCCGACAUGUUUCUUUUGGAGUUGGCGCAUCAUAUGGCCCAGUGGUUAGAUCCCAUCUCCCUGUUCCACCAGACAGCAGCUCCUUUGAAAUGGAGCAGAAUAACAUAGUGAGUGCACAAAUCUUAUCAGCCAAAAACACAACUGUAAACACAGACACCAGUCAGACCUACUGGAAAUAAAAAGCUUUUCUUACCCAGUACAUGUGAAGAUAAUUUUACAAAGGCAAGAACAAAAUCUGAUCCCUUUAAAGACCUAGUUCUCACAAAAAACAAGACUUUCAGGAGGAUAUGGUGCUAACUGGGAAAUUAACAUUCACUACGGCUUGAUUAAUCCUUUUAACUUUAAUAAUAUUUAUGAUAAUGUCCUUUUCUAUCUGUGUUGUAACUUUAUGUGUAAUUUCACAAAUAUGACGCCUCAAACAAUUUCUAAGUUCUUGCUUUGACCCCUUAUAAUCCUUUGAGAUCCCCACGCACACUGGCCUAAACAGGUUGUUGUAGCACAAAUCUCUUUUGGUGCUGGACUGAACUCUUAAACAAUGCCUUACUCUUUUCUAACAGACUAUGUGCAUUAGCUGAUUCUUUAUUUGUCUAAAUGGCUGUAAAACCUAACAGGGCUCUGAGUCGACUCUCCCCUUGAGCACCCUCCGGUUGUUGAGGAGCAGGGUCGACCUCUCAUCAUAUCAAACACCGAUGCCAUGGGAUUGGAGAGACGUGAAUGAGAAGCAGUAGUUUGGGUUUCAAAUUAAGUUGUAUGCAUGUAUGACCCAGUUGCUGACAAGCUGGUGUAAAUAUCUGGACCACUAGCAAGAAAAGAAAAAUAUAAAGAAGUGUUUUGGUGCUUGAAAUCAGAACUUUUUGCAGGUUGACUGGGUGAGGAAAGUUUAAGAAAAAUGUGUUGAUUUUAUACCUCAUCCCCAUCCUUUAACUAUGCUUUCGCCACGCUCAUGGUCUGUUCUGAUUAUGUGAUUUGUGAUGAACAGAACUGUCAUAACAAACAUGUUGAACUAAUUAAGUGAAAACUAGUGUAUAUGCUGCUUUGUUUAUAGUGAUGUAAGUAAUCAGAGGUUAAAGGUAUAAAGGUACUUGUGGUUGAAUGAUAAUGUAAAACGGUUUGACAUCAUUUCUAUGGCUUAAAAGAAAUAAAAGUUAUUGUACUUAAUCUUUUGUUUUAAACCUCCCAGCCUGCCUUCUGGGAAGGGCAGGCAGACGUUUAAAAGCCGGGGGUCAUGUAGUUCAGCGCGGCUUCCAUCACUUUCACUGUUUUUGUCACCGAUGCUAUGCAACAUUCAUUCUGAUCUCCAAAUGGGAGCCAAAAGCUCAACGUGCAUUUGCCCCCCCCCCGAUUUCAGCACUGCCGAGACGUACAGCAUGGAACCAGAUUUGUUAAAGACUUUUCGGAUUUGUGGCAAAUGUUCUUUGUCCAUAUGUGUGUCUGUGUAAUUCAUAGAGGCUCUCCUGCUACAGUCCUUGUAAGCACAAAGAGACUGAUUGUGUUUGUCUUGUGAAAAGCCUGCUCUGAGAGGUGUGGAUGUUGUCGAAGCAUUUGACCAGUCUGUCUGUUUAUUACUCACAAACUCAAUGAAUGUUUAGCCUUCUUUGCUAUGUACAUUUUUUAUAUGUAACAUAACUCUGUAAAUAGUUGGUUAUCUUGCAGCAUUUUGAUGACUUUUUCUAGCUGAUUUGUUACAGUACUUGAAAAGGAGUAUUUUGUGUACAGUCUCUUUACAUCAGAGCAGAUUGAUGAUUGCUUGUCAUCACUGGUCUGUCCAGGGCUCGGAGAAUUAAAUCUGAUAUCACUGUACUAGUCUUAAGUUAUUGUGAUUCAAUAAAAAUUAAUGAUUAUUUAUGAUUUAA